GUCACGGGGAGUGGGAGCGCAACUAAACCUUCCGUGGUCCUCAAGGAUUAUUAGAAGCUGGCUCAACAGGGCUAGCAGAAUAAACGAGAACGAAAUAAGCCCUAGCAGUUAACUUGAAGGUCAACAUUUUUAUCAGAAAAACCGGCACAUCUCCUUUUUAAUUUAUCAGCACAAUAUAUGGAAAACUAUUCAAUCAUCUCUCAGCUGAUGGUAACUCAAGAACUAACUCCGCUCGGCUUUAUAUUUGAAGUUACGAGUUCGCCACGCUUUCUUUUUAUUUAUUUGGAAAGCCAUUCAAGGGGCCUAUAAAUGCAACGCUGUUUAAUUUAUGAGAAGACAAUGGCACCAGAGACAAGGAAUGGAGGAAGUUCUUCCCUGAAUAACAACAACUGUAAAGACAACAGCAGGAGAAAGUUGCUGGUCGGUGUAGAUCUCUUCUGCUUGUUUUUAGGUGAGAUUUUCUGCCUUUCAUUUCUAUAGAUAUUUAAUGAUUUUCGUAUGUGCAGUAGGUCAACAUGUUUUAAUUUGCAUAAAAUCUGGCUAUGCGAAUUAGCAUAUUUUGUAUUGUUUGUAUUAUUGAGGUUAUUCAUAAUUUUUACAUCAUUAUUUAACCUUUAUUUAACUAGGCAAGUCAGUUAAGAACCAUUUCUUAUUUACAAUGACGGCCUAAUAAGCAGCAUAAUGUUCUGGGACAAUGUUAGUUUGUCAUCAUAGUCGACCUAGAGUGUUUAUCCCAUAAUUAUGUCAAGCCCAUAAACUGUCAGUCUAAAAAUAUGCAUUAAUCCAAUCUCAGAGCAAUGUCAGUCUUUAUCCAAAAUACAGAUUAAAAAAAAUAUAUAAGACAGCAAAAAUAGUUAACGUUUUUCCCCCUUAGAAAGACAAUGAUUUCUCAUGACAAUAUUUGGCCAGAGUUAUUUGAACGCCAUCGCCCACAAUGCAACGAUUUAUUCUGCUGGCAAAUGGGAAAAGGUAAUUGAUAAAUUGCUCCAAGAGGAUUUCUUUGGUGUCCGCCCAUACUUGUUGCACUCAUUUGGCCUGUUUUAAUAUUUUCCAGAAUGUCUCACAUUCCACAAGCCAGGAAUGCUCUUGAAGUGACAUCUGGUGUAUGUGUGAUUAAAGGAAAGUGGUGAAACGGUCAGCCAUAUGUUCAGCUAAUGUUCUGGGUGCCAUAUAUUUCCCCCGCUCUCUCUCUCUCUUUGACUGAGCUUGGCGUGAAUUAUUCCUUACCAGGCUCAAAAACACUAGGGUGGUGAAGUGCCAAACAGCUCAAAGGUGAAUGAAUCAGUCAUUCCAAGAAAGACUUCAAACUCAGACCCUAAUAAGUCUUCUGAUCCAAGGUCUUUGAUCUGCUGGGGGACUUGACACAACACCUACUGUACAAAGUGUUAUCAUAUGCAUUUCAGAGACCAGUCAUUUUUACCCCUUUACAGUUUGAAAUUAUUAUUCCUUUCACGGGUUGAAAUGUAUAAUACAUGGAGGUGGAAUAGAGGUUGAAUAUAUUAGUCUGUGGUGAAGACGUAGUAUUCAAGUUCUACUGGGUCACUGACUGAGUUGACUGGGUCCCAUGGGACAUCUAUGGCCACUUCUUACCCCACAACUGUUUAGAAUAAAUAAUCUCUAAGGUUAUCGCAGGUCAGUAGAGGUUCUUCUGUCAACAAACUUCUGUCUCUCUAUUGCCCUGCAAAUGCAGAAAUACAGUGCCUUCGGAAAGUAUUCAGACCUCUUCCCUUUUUCCACAUUUUGUUACGUUACAGCCUUAUUCUAAAACGAUUAAAUAAAGAAAAAUGUCCUCAGCAAUCUACACACAAUACCCCAUAAUGACUAAGCGAAAACUGGUUUUUAGAAAUGUUAGCAAAAACAGAAAUACCUCAAUUACAUAAGUAUUCAGACCCUUUGCUAUGAGACUCAAAUUCAGCUCAGGUGCAUCCUGUUUCCAUUGAUCAUCCUUGAAAUGUUUCUACAACUUGAUUGGAGUCCACCUGUGGUAAAUUAAAUUGAUUUGACUUGAUUUGGAAAGGCACACACCUGUCUAUAUAAGGUCCCACAGUUGACAGUGCAUAUCAGAGCAAAAACCAAGCCAUGAGGUCGAAGGAAUUGUCCGUAGAGCGCCGAGACAGAGCUCUAGAGUUCCUCUGUGGACAUGGGAGAACCUUCCAGAAGGACAACCAUCUCUGCAGCACUCCACCAAUCAGGCCUUUAUGGUAGAGUGGGCAGACGGAAGCCACUCCUCAGUAAAAGGCACAUGACAGCCUGCUUGGAGUUUGCCAAAAGGCACCUAAAGACUCUCAGACCAUGAGAAACAAGAUUCUCUGGUCCGAUGAAACCAAGAUUGAACUGCGUCACGCUUGAAUGCCAAGCGUCACGUUUGGAGGAAACCUGGCACCAUCCCUACGGUGAACCAUGGUGGUGGCAGCAUCAUGCUGUGGGGAUGUUUUUCAGCGGCAGGGACUGGGAAACUAGUCAGGAUCGAGGCAAAUAUGAACAGAGCAAAGUACAGAGAGAUCCUUGAUGAAAACCUGCACCAGAGCGCUCAGGACCUCAGACUGGGGUGAAGGUUCACCUUCCAACAGGACAACGAUCCUAAGCACACAGCCAAGACAAUGCAGGAGUGGCUUCGGGACAAGUCUCAAUAUCCUUGAGUGGCCCAGCCAGAGCCCGGACUUGAACCCGAUCGAACAUCUCUGGAGAGACCUGAAAAUAGCUGUGCAGCAACGCUCCCCAUCCAACCUGACAGAGCUUGAGUGGAUCUGCAGAGAAUAAUGGGAGAAACUCUCCAAAUACAGGUGUGCCAAGCUUGUAGCGUCAUACCCAAGAAGACUCGAGGCUGUAAUCGCUGCCAAAGGUGUUUUAACAAAGGACUGAGUAAAGGGUCUGAAUACUUAUGUAAAUGUCAUUUUUAUUUUAUUUUUAUACAUUUGCAAGCAUUUCUAAAAACCUGUUUUUGCUUUGUCAUUAUGGGGUAUUGUGUGUAGAUUGAUUAAAUAGUUUUUUUCCCCUCAUCAAUCUUAGAAUAAGGCUGUAACAUAACAAAAUGUGGAACAAGUCAAGGGGUCUGAACACUUUCUGAAUGCACUGUAUAUAUUUUUUCUUAUUGGAUGCAGGUAAGUUGGGCCCACUCUGUGUAUAUACCUGCCCACAGAAAACACCUGUCAAGAAUCCAGCAGUGUUUAGCUGGCUAAAGAUGUGGAUUGAGGGGAGUGACUGCAAGGAGGAAAUGAUGGAAGCGCACUGGUAAUUACUAGCCUGCCUCCAUUCUCACUGUGACUGGAGUUCCAGCAUCUCCAGGACGGAAGGACUUUCCUCUCAGUUUACAAUCAGGGGCCAUAUUCAUAAAGCGUCUGAGUAGGAGUGCUGAUCUAGGCUCAGUUUUGCCUUUUCGAUAAUAAUAAUAAUAACUAAGCUUAUAUGGACAGGAGUGACCUGAUCCGAGACCGAAAUGCUUUAUGAAUACGGGCCCAGAUCUCAGUAGCCUGGUCCAGAGCUUUAUAUUUAGAUGUCAAUAUCUCAAUAAGGCUGUGGUCUGGUUCCAUACUGUAUGCAUGUGCUGUAGCCAACUCUUUUAUCACUAUGACAAUAAUAAGACAAUACUGUUGGCUACAGCACAUAGAGUAUGAGACCUGGCUAGCUUUUAGUUCUGUGAUACCCCAAGACCAUCAUGGACAAAAUAGCAUUUGUUUAAACAGGCAAAACUUUAAGGUAACAUUUCAGUCCCGUGCAAUGCCAGGGUUGUGGGUUCAAUUCCCACGGGGGGCCAGUAUAAAUUGUGUUAAAAAAAAAAAGUAUGCACUCACUAACUGUAAGUCGCUCUGGAUAAGAUCGUCUGCUAAAUGACUAAAAAGUAAAUGGAAGAAUAAUUUCUAAAAGAUUUUUACAUUUUUCUAAUGGAUUAUUCAUGAAAAGUUAUUAUAAAUUGUAACCAAACUCAAGCUUUAUUCCCUGUAGAUUGAACUGAAUCAACAGUGUUUUCGCUAAAACCUACCUUAAUCGUAUGGUUGAAUAGGGUUAGUUGAACAGUCGUUGCAGGUGGGUUUUACGUUUUCUAAUUGUCUUAUAAUGUCCCCAUUAGCUGAUGCCUGGCUGUAGCUCAUCAGAAAGUUCUAGGGGGCUAAAUCAGCUAUAGCAUGACUGUUUUUAAUGUUUUAUUUAGUCAGUAACAUGUUGAGACUAUGUGGCACGCAGAUCCUUUUAAAGGGCCAAUCUGCAGUUGCUACAUACAUUUUUGGACUUGUAAAUACAGUUAUGAUAUGUAUGCAGUGAUUCUUGAAGAAUAUAACUCAUAAAUGCCUAGAUGAGCUUAGUUCAACUGUCACACCCCAUCAGAACCCAAAAUAGAAGCUUGUUUUACUCCAAUGUUUGUAAACAAAGUCAAUUUAAAUAAACACUAGCCUCAAAACAUGCUUAAAACUAUCAUUUUGAUAUCAUGGAUAGUCAGUCCUUGCAUCCAUAGUUCUGGCUAUGAAUUUGAGAGUGGUUACAUCCCUCAGCUUUUUUACCGAAACAGUGGCUGGGGAGUUCUUUGUUAUUAUUUCAACUGCUGAUUGCCACCUUAAGUAUUCAUCAGUAAUAGUUUUGGCAACCACAAUUCAACACAAAUGUGAUCUUUCCCCUCCGUUCCUUUCUCCCAGCAGUCUGUGGAAGGACUAGAGCAUAGGGACGGGGUUUGCCCACCGCACCACGACCAGACACACAGACAGGGAGUCGUUUCUGUGGGGGCUACUGCCUGCCAUGCACACAAGGGUACAAGUAAAAACAAGGGCAUCUGUAUAUACUCUCUUAUACAUGUAGUAUACAUUUCUAUGCCAGGGGGUGAGCAAUGGCAGCAAGUGGAAAAUGUGUCUGUUUAUUUUAGCUUCAGCAACUGGUGUUAUGAUAUAUGCCCCAAAAAUAUGAUGAAAUUUAAUUCAUUCAAUGCAAGCCUCUAUUUGCCUGUUCCAAACAUUGAUUGUAGUUUCCAUAGUGGAAUUGAAGCCCCAAACUGAAAUUCUAAAAAGUCCUAUGGGCAUGCUUAAGAAUUCUUAUAACCCAAUAAGCUCAAGGUAAAUGUUUCUCGCUUCCAAUUUUCCAUGAGAGAAAGCAAAGCAUUCAGGUGUUUGAGUACUAACUCAUCACUUCGAGGAAGUUGUUUGGUUAUACCUUACUGGGGCUUUAAAGGGAUUCGCUACGAUGGUAGAAAAGCCUAAUAAUAAAUAAACCACCAUUGUGAUAUUGGUAAAAAUAAAAUUCUACGAGCUCACUCAUGCCAUUUUUUAUUAGGGAGUGUUUACUGUUUUCUGUUUUUUGGGGGUCAGUGUAGCUAAUGCAUUAGACAUACGCCUCGGCUGGUGUUGUUGUUGGCAACUAGCGGGGCACUAGUUUUCCCUCGCUUGUGCGAAGGGCCAGGAAAACGGGAAAUUCCUAGAUGCCUUGCAGAAUGCUGAUGCUGCACUGUCUGGUGGCAUGGGGCGUCGGGGUUGGGGGCCUCGGGGCAAGACAACACAGCUGAAUCAUGGGAAAACCCGGCUUAGUAACGUCUCAAUUUCCUUUUAACUUCCUCUCCUUUUUACUCGCCAGCCUACACUGUGAGUCUUGGAUCUGGUUAUGUGUUUAAAGGUGGUCAGUGAGAUCAAGACACCACGAUUAACACCUUGCACGUUCGUAGCAGUGCAGAGCCCAGGGCUCUUUUUUCUUUCCACUGUCCUACAUCCAGUGGUGUUAAGUACUUAAGUAAAAAUACUUUAAAGUAUUACUUAAGUCGUUUUUUUUGGGUACUCGUACUUUACUAUUAAUUUUUUUUGAUUACUUUUACUUUUACUUCACUACAUUCCUAAAGAAUAUAAUGUACUUUUUACUCCAUACAUUUUCCCUGACACCCAAAAGUACUCGUUACAUUUUGAAUGCUUAGCAGGACAGAAAAUUGUCCAAUUCACACACUUAUCAAGAGAACAACCCUGGUCAUCCCUACUGCCUCUGAUCUGGCGGACUCACUAAACACAAAUGCUUCAUUUGUAAAUGAUGUCUCAGUGUUGGAGUGUGCCCCUGGAAAUCCGUAAAUAAAAAAAUUAAUAAAAACAAUUGUGUUGUCUGGUUUGCUUAAUAUAAGGAAUUUUAAAUGAUUCAUACAUUUACUUUUACUUUUGAUACUUAAGUAUAUUUUAGCAAUUACAUUUACUUUGAUAAGUAUAUUUAAAACCAAAUACUUUUAGACUUUUACUCAAGUAGUAUUUUACUGGGUGACUUUCACUUUUACUUUAGUCAUUUUCUAUGAAGGAAUCUUUACUUUUACUCAAGUAUGACAAUUGGGUACUUUUUCCACCACUGCCUACAUCAUCAGCAAGCAGCGGUCCUAAGCUGCCAAACCAAGCACUGUGCUGUGAGAGGAAUGCCUGCUGAUUCCCUCCCAUCACAAGGGCCAUGAAAAGGCCUGACGGAUCAGACAGUCAAGAUCGGACACUACUUAAAGUAUGUUUUCUCUCUGCUAGAGCUCUAACGCCACUGAAAACACCUAGCUUCAAAUGGUCUCCUGGUUUAUUAUUGCUCCUGUCACGGUAUUUGUUUGAAUAGUAAUAGUAAAAACAGUAACAGUAAUAAUGUGAAUCAUGUUGAAUCUUGGAUGUGAGGGAGGACAGCCAGCGGAGUGGUUAGGGUCUGGUCUGGGAUUCCCAUCAGGCAGAGAGACUGGCCUGUAACAUGAGCCGCUCCCAGCUGGGCCUUCAAAGCCCAGGCUGCUUGGAGCAGAGCGAGGGGUGCCAAGCAUACUGAGGCGUGUGUUGACAUUUGGGUUUGAAGACAUCAAGCCCCCUACCUCAGCUCUGCAGUACCCAGGCCAGCACCCCCAGUUUGACCUCUCCCCCCCGGCCUCAACCUGUACCUAGAGAGAAGGGGCAGGGGGGAUGAGAGAGAGCAGAUGUUUGUUUUUCUUUGUAUUCAUACAUUACAGAAUUAUUCAAGAGGUUCACUUCAAAGCAUCAAACAUCAGUUAAAGUUCCACUUUGAUGUAUGUUUUCCAAAUUUUGUCAGGGAGAGAGUCCUCUCCUGUGUACUACUUUUCCCCUUUAUCUGUAAAAGUUCCUUUCAAGUUGGGGGAAAUGACCGGUCCUCUUGGCCUACGUUUUAUUUUCUCAUCCAAUAUGUUUGUUAUUUGUUUGUUGUAAAAAAAAAAAUGUAAAGUGGUUAUCCCACUGGCUAUAGGGUGAAUGCACCAAUUUGUAAGUCGCUCUGGAUAAGAGCGUCUGCUAAAUGACGUAAAUGUAAAUGUAAAUGUAAAAAAAAAUUUGAUAAGCUAUUUUACCUCUAAAAGUGGCCAAAGACACUAAUUAGAUUUGACAAAAACACCCUUCAGGCACCUUUAAGUCUCAGCCUUGAAAGGCUGUUUUCUGGUAGAGGAAGGAAGAGGUUGAAGUCUGAUAGCACCGCCAUGUUUUUUCCACAUUAGUUAUCAGUGAUGGAUACCAUCCAACCCUUUUAGUACUAGCUGCCUCCGUUUGAUGUUGGUUAUUCAUACUAUGAUGGGCGCUACAGAUUCUAACAAUGACAGAUCUUCCCCUUUCUUGGCUGCCAUGUCAGUGAAUUUCGUUUAGUUUAUUUAAUUUGCUGUCAUUAAGUUAAUAUUGUCAAUGGCUGGGUCAUUCCAGUACACAGAGAUAUGGAUAACAACAGCAGGAUGUUCAUGUGUUAUCUGGUGGUAGAGCGAGAGGCUCUAUCGCUUCAAUGGUUAUUCGGUAGAUUAUUUGCUGUAGCCUGCAUGUCCCCUUGAUAUCUUCCUCAAAUUGAACAUCGUACAGGUCCAAUUUUGAUCUCUGUAUCAUUUUAUAUUACACAAAUGUACAACGUUAUCAGCAGAGGUUUGUUUGAAGAAAACGUUGAUCAAUGUUAUGAUGAGAACUGCAUAACAACAGUUCCCUUCCAGAGCCCAUGCAAGUGUAUUUGUCCGCCCCAGGUAAGUGUGUGGGGGUGUCUUUCUGUGUUUGCUGUGUGAGCGUUGGGGUUAACUGCAGAAAUACAGAUUUUGUGUGUUUGUAUGUCAGUCAGAAUACAUGGGCUGCUCUCUCUCACCCCAGCUCUCGUGUGUCUGUCUGUGUGCAGUGAUGCUCUUUGCUGUCUUUCUGCACAAGUUUCACAUCGUGCCCCACCGGAGGGGGUUGUUCUGCAAUGACAGCAGCAUCACCCUGUCCUAUAAGAACAGCACGGUGCCCACCACUGCCCUGGUAGCUGUGGGGUUCAUUGUGCCCAUCACCUCCGUAAGUCUUUAAUAUGGCGCAGCAGCAGGAGGGACAGAGAAUGCAUACAGAGGACUCACUCCAACUCCACCCAGGCACUAACUGGCUAUCUAAAUGUGUCCGUACACACUUAUAGCUUCCUAACAUUUAGUAGUUGGGGAUCACCUUUCUAGUCAUAUCAGUUGGCUAUAGCAGAAACAGACCAAGGCCAGUAGGGGAAUUCAUUGGUCCAAAAUACAUUUAGAGUGAGAAGUGAGACCCCCAUAUUCCCUGUCCGUCCAUCGCUGUGCCAUCUACCUGUGGACACUCCUCUAGGAGCCCCUUAUUGACCCUCUCUCUCUCUCUCUCGCUCUCUCCGUCUCUCUCUUCCACUCCUUCUCUUCUCUCUCUCUCUGCCUCACCGCUGCUGUGUACAUAGCCGGCCUGCCUUUCCUGAUCAUAGAGACUAGUGCUGUACAGCCCUACCGCCGAGGCUUUUACUGCACCGAUGAGUCCAUCAAGUACCCGGCCAAACACGGAGACACCAUAAGCGACGCUGUGCUUUCUGCUGCUGGCAUUCUUAUCACCAUCCUUUCUGUAAGUCACUAUAACUCACUAAUUAGCCUGAGUCCCAGAUCAGUUUGUGCUGUCUUGCCAACUACUAUGUAUAAUAGUUCGCACAAACAGAUCUGGGACUCAGGCUACUCACUAAUGUAUGUUCACCUCACUUUUCACUUCACUGUCUCAGCACUGUGCACCAUCACCUACUCAUUGUACUGUGUGUCUACUGUGCCACCCACUGUGUCCUAGUCCCAGUCACUGUACUAUGGGUCAACUAAAUGUCACCACGGAUCGAGUCACCUUUGAACUAUCAUGUCUAGUGAACGUUAUCAAAGAUCAAGUUUGUUUGUUUUUUGACCACCAUUUUUGACCACCUUGCCAAUACACAUCAUUCAACGUAUAACUUUCUCUGAGUGCCUACAUGCUCACAGACAGAUUGUGGAAUUAGUAUCUUAAUGCGCAUUUCCAUACAGGAUUCACCUCAGUGUUUUACUCAAAAGGCUCAGACCUUUCUGUUUCCAUCUAUGUGGGCCGGCACCUGUGUCUCACUGGGUCAUGGCCACUGGUACUUUUCAGCCUGCAUUUACAUAACAAGGGCUAACUGUGAACUUUAACAUCUUCUCACAAAGCAACUGUUUUGAUUAUGCAGAGGUUGUUGAUUCUGCUGUUCACAAGUCCUCACUGCCAGCCCUAGCUAUGGAAACAAUUUCCCCAGUAUAACAUAAGGGUGUUACAGUCGAAAAGCAGCAUUAUUGACUAUGGUCUUCAAGACCUGUCAUAUCAGGACUUUUAGUGUUCUGAGUAGUGCUAGAUAACAGCCAAUCACAAUCAACAUUCCCUGUUGGUUCUGCUGUUAGUGUUAUCUUGAUUGGUGUGAUUAAGAUGGUUCCAGUAAUGAAUGUGUUAUAAAAGAGUUAAGAGCGUUGAAGUGUUAAAUGGAUCAGGCUGUUGCUGUUUACUGUAAGAUGACUGAAGAUCUGUUGCUGGUAUAGGGCUCCCUCUCACUUAAGAGAAGUCUAACCUCAGGGUUGCAACGUUAAAUAACUUUCAGAUAGUAAUAGAUUAUGUAGAACAGACAUGCUUCUCUGUCCUAUAAAAUAGGGUCAGAUGAUCAUGUCAACUGCUCUAUUCAAGACAUUUCUAUCCUCAGUCUUCUGUAAGGUUGCACCCCACUGAACAGACCCAGUCAAGGGUUGAGGGGAUUGGAUUGGUUUGCAUGGUGAGAAGGAUCUCCCUGGGCCUGUGUAAUUAUGGUUGACGCAAUGGUUGUUCGGUCAAACACUGUAAUUCAUGGGCCUGGAAAUGUGGUGGAUGGCACAGGAGAUUUUUCUUCUUCUGAACGUGACGUUAAAUUCCAUGUUCCCCAGAGGCCCAGAGCCUUUUGGCUGGCCUUAGUCGUUCUUGAACUCUUGGAAAACUCUUAGCAUUAGGUCAUUUAAUGCUUCGUUGCCCCUCGGAUAAAGUGGAGAGAGAAUCUGCCUGUCUUAAAGGCAUAGAGGCUGUGUCCCUUGAAAUUGGCACUGCGUAAAAAACCUCUUAUCAUUUGUGAGACGACUAGACGUUUAUGAGACAAGCCACGAGACAACCUCUUCCCCCCUUUGAAUAUCUCUGAGUUUACAACUGUAACAGUUACACAAAGUUACUACAAAGCUGUUUCAUUCAAAUAGUUGAUCUUCUCUCAGUUGUCACACAAUGAGAACCAGAUGUGUUCUUUUCUCUCCCAUGAAGCAGCUGGGUUGGAUCAGCCAGGCACUAAAGGGCUCCAUGGUGGAAAAACAAAACAAAAAAAAUACAUGUUAUCAGCUUGUAAAAUCUCCCUAUAGGACUUUCCCCCAAAGGAAUGUUUUUUUUUUUUUUUUUUUUUUUUUUUUAUGAGACGUUUUUUCGCCCAGACAAGAAUUUUGCGAUGAAACCGAGAUACUAACAAGAAAACACCCACACAUCCCCUAGUGAAAUCAGAGCCCCAGCGAAAACAAGUCAGCUGGUGAGAUGGAAAACUAACUAGCCCCUGAUGUGAGCCUGCUCUGGCCGAAUCUGGACAACAUGUCGCCUAGCUCAGCGUUUAUCCUGAUUAAAACCAGAAGUUCUUCUCCCACCCUCCCUCUCUCUCUCUCCCUCCUGCCCUUUCUCAUUCCCUUCUCAAUUCCUCUCCCUUUUCCCUCCUUUUCUCCCUCCCUCUCUCCCCCUCUUUUCUUCUCUCCCCACUCACUCCUUCUCGCCACCCUCCCUCUUUCUCUCCCUCGCUCUCUUCCUCCCUAUCUCCCCUGCUCUUCUUCUCUCACUGCUCACUCCCUCUCUCCCUUCCUCUCUCCCUCUCUUCUUCUCUCCCCCUCUGUCCCUACCUCCUGUCACACUCUCUCUCCCUCCCUCUCUUCCCUCUCCCUCACUUCUCUCCCCACUCACUGCCAUUUGUCAGUGGCCAGGUGGUGGACUAGAGUAGGGUGGGGAAGGGAAAGGGAUUUGUACUUGAACAGCUGUAGUGAAUUAUUGGUGUCCAGUCCACGUCCCCUAGUCCAGUCUACGUUUAGGUUUACUGAAAACCUCUGCAUGUGUCGUCCACAACUCACAUACUCACUCACCCUCACAUACUGUAGCUAUGCUGAAAUUUAUGCAUUUUGAUUUUGAUGUUAAUUUUACAGACCGAGGGUUUGAUCUGUAGUGUUUUUAUCAACUUUGUCCUCCAAAACAAACAGAAACAUUUGAAAGUCUUAGAUGUAAGGCUUUUUUCCUCACUCAAUGAAAGUUCACAGUAUUGAUGUCACUGUUCAUAUCACAUUCUGAUUAAUCCUAAUAUUGUCCCUCUCUACUUUCUGAUCUGUCUCACCUGUUUUACUGCUGUGAUUUACUGAAUUCCAAGUGUGUAUUGGAUGUCUGAUACUCUAUCAUAUGGUAUAUUUAAGAAAUGAAUAAGCUGUUCAGUUUUGUUGACAUAAGAAGUGUCUACAUAACCACUAUGGAACAGAGAACAUACAGUAACUAGUAACAAUGAAUUAUUGUUAUUUACCUUGGCAGUAAUUUAGUGCUGUAUGCUGUACUAGCAGUCAUUUGAUUGCCCCAGGUCUACAGCGGCCAUCUUUGUAGAUGACGUGACUGCUAAGCCAUAUAUACAUGCAGAGAUAUGUGUAUUUCUGUAUCCUCUCCUUGAUCCCUCCUGUCAGAUCAUCAUUGGUGAGAGAUAAAGUCAUGUAAUCUACAAAGAUGGCCGCGUAGACUCCGGGUCCAUUAAUUACCAUUUGACUGCCACAGCGGCCAUUUUGUACUGUCGAUUACAUGACUGUAUCCUCUCCUUGUUCCUUCCCCAUCAGAUCAUCAUUGGGGAGAGCUAUAGGAUCCACUACCUGAACGAGGGCUCCAAGUCCUUCGUAGGGAACCCCUACAUCUCCGCCCUCUACAAGCAGGUGGGUGUGUUCAUCUUCGGCUGUGCAGUCAGCCAAUCGUUCACGGACAUCGCCAAGGUGUCGGUGGGCCGCAUGCGACCCCACUUCCUGGACGUGUGCAAGCCCGAUUGGUCCACCAUCAACUGUUCCCUGGGCUACAUCACAGAUUACCAGUGUCAUGGGCCCGAGAGCAAAGUCCAGGAGGCCAGGUACAUUACUCUGACAUGACUCCAUUGUGAUUGUGAAGCAUCUAUGUAGUGCUUAUGAAGACUUUAUGAAUGCUCUAUAAAGAAACGUAUAAGUUAAGCUUCGUUUAAAGUGAUACUGGUUAUAUUUCAUGCAAAGUGAAUGCUUAGUUCAAUACCCACGAGAAAGGCAUGAAGUUGCU